AAAAAAAAAAAAAAAACCAAUUGUUAGUUGGUUUAGUGGUGAUUGGUGCUGAACUUGGUAGGGAGGACCGCGGUUCGAUCCACCACAACUGCGAUCGGGAGGGGGCUGGAACCACUUGCUGCCAGAACUGACCCCCGAACCAGAUUCAACUGGUGGUGAAAAGCCGAAGAAAAAAUAUACCAAAAACAAAAACAAAAAAAAAUCUAGUUUCUCCUAAGUCCUCGGCCUUCCUCCGCCGUUUGCGCAGCGGAAUUGUCGAUCACUCCUCCUCCUCCUUUUCAUACAAAGAUGGAUGACAGGAUAAGCGCGUUACCGGAUGAUAUCCUCAGUCACAUUCUGUCUUUUCUCCCAACUGAAGAUGCAUUCACCACAACUCUUCUUUCAAAAAGGUGGAAGCUAAUUUGGCUUUUAGUUCCCGUUCUCAACUUUGACGAUCAAAGAUUUAUCACUAGAGGCAAACCUUAUGUUCACUUCAUGGAUAUGGUAAAGUCCAUUAUUUGUGCAAAAAGGAAGCACCGCAAACCCAUCAAAAAAAUGUACUUAAAAUGUCAUCGUGAUUCUAACCACGAGCUUUCGGAAGUCAAUGUGAGGAAGUGGUUAUUCGGAGCAGCAAACUGUGGAAUGGAGCACCUUGAAUUCCAAACGACACUAUUAUUUUACUUUUAUAUUUCCAAUUUCCGUAACCUUGUUGUUCUCAAGUUGAAAGCAGUACGUCUGAAUAGCUGUUUACCUGGUCACUUUCAAUCACUUAAAACCUUACAUUUGAACGACAUUUAUAUUCUCAAACACUGGUAUAUUCGAAAACUGCUUAAUUCUUGUCCAAUUCUUGAAGAUUUUGAAGCUAAAAAUAUAUCUGGGAAGUAUUCGCCAGAGGAGUAUAAGAGAGAGUUUAAAAGCUUAACCAAUUUGGUUAGGGCAGAUAUUUCCAACUUGAAUAGAUUUGAUGUUCCUCUUGAAGCCUUUUCUAAUGUUCAAUUUCUUCGGGUAGAAGAGAUGUAUGGCCAUGUUCCGGUGUUUCCUAAUCUUACCCAUGCGGAGCUUGGCUUCCAAAGUAAUGUUGAUUUGUCAUCGGUAUUUCGGGUACUGGAAAAACUCCCCAAACUUCAAAAUCUUGUACUUGAAAUGCCUGAACCUUCAACAUCAGUUGAAUCUUGUAUCUUGAUCCCAUUUAUUUCUCCGGAAUGCCUCUCUUCACAGUUCAAAGAGUGCACUUUGACAAAUUAUAGAGGGCAGAAACAUGAGUUGCAAUUUGCACAAUACAUUAUGCUGAAUUCAACAAACUUACGGCGGAUGAUAAUAUGCACUCCAUCUUCCGUGAAUGACAAAGAGAAGCUUGCAAUGCAAAUGGAAUUGUCGUCCUUUCUAAAGAGUUCUUCUCCAUGCCAGAUAUAUUUUAAAUGAUAAUUGUUCGGCUAGCUGCAAAUUGUUCUUAGAUGGUUGCGUUUGUAUUUGGUUCCCUCAUACGCAUCAUGGACCCAUAGAACCAUUGUAUUUUGGUUUCACUUUUUUCCCUGGAUUCCAUUUGUGUUGAAAUUUCCAUUUCUGUUAGGAUAAUAUAUCCGAUACCAUUGGAUGGUUUAUGAUAUUUUUAUGCUUUUUAUUUUCUCUUGUAACUAAUGCUGUGAACUUGUAAACACAUUGUGAAAAGAGGCAUUUGAAGUAAAUUUGUGUAUUACUCUGAUCCUCUUUCUAAAGGCAUUUGAAAUUCAAGCAAAUGGCAAAGCCAUGGUAAAAAUUAGGUGAGACCUGUUCAACUAUAGAUGUUUUGUUUACUUGA